AUGCUUGAGCAUCUAGUGCAGACUCAGGAUGUGGAAUCGAUUAAGUCUACUUUGAUCCACGGCGACUUCUGGGAAGGUAACACCGGAACGGAUGCGGAGACAGGUAAUACCUACGUUUUCGACGCAUGCUCGUUCUAUGCUCAUUAUAAGACGGGGCUGGGUAUGCGGAGAAAGGCCCUUCAUGAAAUAAACACGAAGGCUCUAAGCAAGGGUACCCCAAAGCGGAUGGAGCCAAGCAAGCCGGCUGAGAAGGAGGACGCCCGGGGCGCAGGAUGA